AUGGAGAUCCUCAACCCUUUUGAGGGAGGGGAAAGUAGGAUCUUCGACUUUACGCUACAAUUCGAAAGGAGUAUUCUGUCAGUGCUUCCAGCAUCUGUAGUGCUUAUCUUAGCAGUCUACCGGUUAUGUUCUCUGUACACAAGGCCGCGAAGGAUUCAAGGGCGGGUCUUAGAGGUUUCAAAAUUGAGCGCCAUCGCUGCUUACACGUGCCUUCAACUGGCUUCUCUGAUACUAUGGGUCCGCUUUGAAAAGAGCCAGCUUGCGGUGGCCGCUGCAGCGGCUGCGGUCCUUGACGCAUGCCUUUUCCUCCCACUAUCCUGUCAACCAUUGCUUAUCAAGGCCAUAUUGAAAUGUUUGCAAGAUACAAGAGCCGAAGAUGUAGCAUAUGGGCAAGACAACUUCAUGAUACUGGGAACUGUUCUGGUCUACUUGGGCAUUGCCGUUUCUGGAAGCAUCUACUGGCAGCUGCACCUUCGAAACCUAACUAAGAUUCGUGGUCUUCUUGUUGGUGCUGUCUACAGGAAGCUUACCACAGUGACUUCUGCACAAGCCGAGAAUGCUGCAGUCACAUUGAUGAGUACGGAUGUGGAGAGGGUCACCCAGGGACUACGGGUCUUUCAUGAAGCCUGGGCGAACUUAGUUGAAGUUGCCAUAGCUGUUUGGCUCUUGCAACGGGAACUCCACAUGGGCUCGAUUGCUCCUGUUGCGAUUGCCAUUGCAUGUUUUCUGGUCACUUUAUGCGUCAACAAGUUCACAAUGCCUCGUCAGAAUCGGUGGAUGGAUGCUCUCCAAACGCGGAUCAACCGCACGGUCUCUUUGCUUUCGCAGAUCAAGAGCAUCAGAAUGCUGGGAUUGGGAAAACAGUCUGAUCAAGCACUGAAUGCACUUCGCGUCAGAGAACUACAAUUUGCCAACGGAUUCAGGAUGAUGAUGGUCUUUUCUUUCUGCAUUGCUUUUGCACCCAUCUUCAUCGUCCCAGUUGUGUGCUUCGCCAUCUAUCUCUCAGCUUCUCAGAGCGGAAGUGGCGGCAACACCUUUGACCUUGCCAAAGCCUUUACGUCUCUUUCGUUGAUAGUCAUUUUGACUCAGCCACUUUCAAGUCUUUUCCAGUACGUUCCGAUGUUUGCUGGGGCUGCAAACUGUCUUCAACGUAUCAAUGACUUUCUCCACUCCCCUUCACAUGAUGACACCAGGGAGCAGACUUCGGAUGUCAUGUGGGAGUACGGUAGCCCCCAAGACGAUAAUUCGGAGGCAGAAAAGUCCACAACUAGAGCGGACAUCGCUGAGAGACACCUGACUGCGAGAGACUUUCUGACGAUCUAUGACGGCGCUUUCGGUUGGAGCGAAAAUCAAUGGGAUCUUCACAACGUCAACAUCAGCAUACCUAAGUCUCAGCUGACAGUAAUUACCGGACCAGUUGCCAGUGGUAAAUCGACACUUUGCAAGGCGUUUAUUGGUGAGGUACCUUGCGUUGACGGCAUCGUCAAGAUGUCAUCUGGGCCGGGCAUUGGAUUCUGUGAUCAAACGCCAUACUUGACCAACACGACCAUCCACGAAAACAUCAUCGGAAGAAGUGUCGUUGACGAAGCCUGGUAUAAGACGGUUAUCAGGGCAGUGGAUCUGGAGACUGACUUCGAAAGGCUUUCCUGUGGGGACCGCACCCUCGUUGGGAAUAAUGGAGAUGCACUGAGUACAGGGCAGAAACAGCGUGUGGCAAUCGCUCGAGCUGUAUACGCGCGAAAACCCCUCAUCAUACUGGACGAUGUCUUCAGCGGAAUGGAUAACGUGACCAAGGCCUGUAUCUACGAGCGACUUUUAAGUUCUGAAGGGCUGCUACGCCACCUAGAGACGACGGUGAUCUUGGCUUGCUCUGAUCAGGAUCUGUGUCUUGCUGCGGACUUGGUGGUGGAACUUGCACCUGGCAGGCCUCCUGUUUCCACCCACCCUGCCAGCAGAGCGGAGUCCAAUCAUCACACCGAGGGACAACGAAAAGUAGACCGUAUCUCGGAGAUUACCGAUUCUCCCGAUACCGUACACACCCAAACAGAUCAAACUGCGGCGAGUGCAGCUCCACAGAAACAAGUUUCCAAGAUACCCAGUGAUCGGACAACUUACGGCUACUUCGCUCGAGCUGUGGGAAGCCCGAACACGGCGUUGCUGAUAAUCCUCGGGGGAGUCUUUGGUACACUAUACACUUUUCCCUCUGUUUGGGUGAAUUGGUGGACUGCGGAUCCUGCAGCCCGAAACGGGUUCUAUCUUAGCAUCUACGCCUUACUGCAGACCACUUGCCUUAUCUGUUGGUUUCUCUUCACUCGCCAUUGCCUGACUACGGUAGUGUCUAGGUCGGGAAAGAACCUGCACAACAGCCUUCUGUCAACGGUCAUGUCAGCAUCAUUUUCUUACCUCAGCACCAAAGACUCAGGGACCAUCAUCAAUCGAUUCUCUCAGGAUCUUCAGUCGGUCGAUGGCGAACUGCCGGCUGCUCUGCUCAACACGGUAGCAACAGCAUUCAUCGCCUUAGCCCAAGUCGCUUUGGUCGCCACCGCAAGUCCGUGGCUGAUGAUUUCAUACCCGUUCCUGGUGUUGGUCUUUUACGGUAUUCAACGGUUCUAUGUUCGAACAUCGCAGCAACUUCGGCCUCUUGAUCUUGAACUCAAAAGCCCUCUGUACACACAUUUCCUAGAUACAUUACGGGGUAUCACCACAGUCAGAGCUUUUGGAUGGUCUCAGCAAUACGUCGAGCGCAACCAGCAGCUUCUCGAUGCAUCUCAGCGUCCCAACUACCUACUUCAGAUGAUUCAGCAAUGGCUUUCAUUGGUGUUGAACAUGGUGGUCGUGGUCAUAGUCACGCUACUCGUGACCCUUAGUCUGAAGCUUCGAUCAAGCCUUGGGCUCACUGCAGUUGCUCUGGUCAAUCUGAUGUCUCUUAGUCAGAUGCUGCGAUCGGUUGUGAUUGGGUGGACGCUCAUGGAGACGUCGAUUACUGCGGUUGGACGGAUCAGGGAGUUUGAGCAGACUACCCCAAGAGAGAAUGACGGUAAAUCCGAGGGAGCCAUCGUUCACGGACCUGUUUCGGGCAAGAUUGAGUAUAAGAACCUGACAGUGUCGUAUGGCCUGAGUAAUGAGAACCUCGCACUCAAAAAUGUCAACUUGAUAAUCGAGGCAGGACAGAAAGUUGGCAUAUGCGGCCGGAGUGGAAGUGGGAAGUCGUCAUUGAUUGCGUCUCUCUUCCGAUUGCUGGAUGUCAGAGAAGGGAAACUUAUCAUUGAUGCAAACGAUAUUAGUGACUAUUCCGUGUCAACACUCCGAUCAAGCAUCAACGCUAUCCCACAAGAUCCUUUCAUCACUAGCGGAACUUUCCGCGAGGUUCUUGAUCCUUACGAAUCCUCAUCGGAUGCUGCAAUUGGAGAAGCCCUCCGCAAGGUCAACCUGUUCGAACACGUUCAGAACAAUGGAGGCUUGGAUGGCAAUGUGGCACCUGAGGCACUUAGCCAAGGGCAAAAGCAGCUGCUAUCUCUUGCAAGAGCCAUAAUGAGGCGUUGCAGAAUCGUCGUCCUGGACGAGGUUACCAGCAGCCUGGACCUAGACACGGAGCAGCUCAUAUGGCGCGUCUUACAGGAAGAAUUCAGGGGAUGCACUAUCAUUGCUAUUGCGCAUAGAUUGGAAACAAUUAUUGGCUUCGAUCGGGUUGCUGUCAUGAACGAGGGAAGCAUCAUCGAGUUCGGUGACCCUCGUAUCUUGUUGGAGGAUACCUACUCUGCCUUUUCCAAGUUGCGAAGGACGGGCAAAGCGCACUGA